AUGGGGGACAGGCCAACCCCAGUCCCGCUUCCCAACUCGGAGCAGUUCUACCUGGAAAGCGACCAGGGUGAAACGUACCUUAUCCAAGUAUCUUGGCCACUGCAUUGGGAGGAUAGCCAGACUGGUCGCGGGCCCUUUCCUAUCAUCUACCUUGUUGACGGGAACGCAUUGUUCCUGACUGCGACCGAGGCUGCGUGGCGUCGUGCGGCCGCCUCACAUUUCGCUGGCGGAGGCAUCAUUGUCGCUAUUGGAUACCCCUUAAACGGAAAGCUCUACGAUGCCCGACGACGCAGUCUCGAUCUGACUCCUCCCACGGCGUCCAAACCCCCCGGAUAUGGAGGUGCAGAUUUAUUCCUUGACUUCAUUGAGGAUUCUGUUCGACCUGCGGUGAAGGCCCGAUUCCCACGGGUGUCCGUCUCCAGAGAAGCACUUUAUGGCCAUUCAUACGGGGGCUUGCUCGCACUCCAUGCAUUAUUCACACGCCCUCGUUCCUUCGAUUGCUACAUGGCUAGCAGCCCCUCAAUCUGGUGGAAUAGUUUAUGUAUCUUGCACGAGGCAAGGGCCUUUGUGAAAAACGAGAAGGGGUCAGAUGACAAAUCCCCGUCGUUGAUGAUUUCCUGGGGUUCCUUGGAGCAGAAUCCUCCGCAGUGGGCUAACGAGCCGCUUGAUCAUUAUGAAGCGAGAAAACAAACCGCAUCGGAUUUGAGAAUGGCAGGCAACGCUCUGGAUCUGUGUGCGAUGCUGCAAGGGUGCAGCCAGCUACAUGUCGUGAUAAAAAAUGAGUAUGAGGGGGAGGACCACACGAGCGUCAUGUCGUGCUCGUUGAGUCGAAGCCUGACCAUGUUCUUUGAGGACUGGCCUUUCCACCGGUCGUAG